CGACUUCAUUCUCGAUUAACUAAACUUACAAGCGAAUUGCUUAGCUUUUGUGAACAGAAUAGCUCUUUGGACGGAGCACUAUGUCAGCGGAGUCAGGAGGCUUUGGAUCGGAUGUCCAUGUUGGAGCGGGCCAACAAUGCUUUGCAGAAGACCAAACGGCGAACCAAAAAAGCAGUUCCAAAGCGACCGUCAGAUGCUAAAGAACUAGGGCAGAUAGCAGUACUGGAGCAGGACAUUGAGGUAAGGAAAAAGAACGCGAUUCUCUGGAAGGAAGAACAUCUUUUUAUCAUCGCCAAAAUAAAAAAUAACCGUUUGCUUUCAAACAUAUAA